AUGCCGCGCGUCUGCGUCGACUGCGGCAAGAGCCUCGUGGCUGUCGGCACCGCCCGCGUUGGCGGGAAGCAAUCGCAUGGCGACUGGGCAACGCGGCGGCUUCAUAAGCAGUGCCUCGCCGCUCGCAAUCGCGCAGGCAAGGCGAUGGAGGAGCCGGGGCCCUACGAGGAGGAGCACCGCGCCGCGGUCGACACUGGCGCGCCCGGCUCCUACUCGCAGCGCAAGCGAAGGCACGAUGGCGCUCCAUCGACGCCGCCGCGGAGAGCGGGGCCGUUUGGCAUGCCGGCCAGCAUCGGUCGUUCGGCUUCGGGUAGCCCGGCGACGGAUGACGGCCGGCAUGCCAAAGGGCCUCGGACGUACCUCGACGUGCCGUACACCGAGAAGGACGAGGCCAAGGCGCUCGGUGCGCGGUGGGACGCGAUGAGGAAGAAGUGGUGGGUGUCGAACCACAGCUCGCUCGCCCCUUUUGAGCGGUGGAUCGGCGCGGGCGAGGCGUGGGGUAGUAGCGCCUCCUCUGGCCCGGCUUGCGCAGCCUCGCUCAACCUCGCGGCGCGCCUGCGCAAUGCGGCGCAGGAGGGAGACACGGCCGCCGCGUUCGAGUGCAUUGCCGAGGCGAAAGACUGGGGGGGCGGCGGCACGCACCCGGCCAUCAAUGCGUGCGGCGCCGCGCGAGGCGACCCCGCCUCCCGCUACGCCGUGGUCAGCGCGCUCGAUGGCGCCAGCGCCAAGGAACGCUUCGAGCUCACCGGCGUGACCGACCCGGCCCGCCAACACCUCAACGGUCUUGAAGUGGACGACAAGGUGCGGCGAAGGCCGGCGGCGGCAACGGGCGCGGCGGGGGCGGGUGCGAGGCGGCACGGAGAGGAGCAGGCCGCGGCGCAGCUCCCGGUCGGGGCCAUGGGAGUGGUGCACGGCCUGUCGAGCGGGACCGCGUACAAUGGCGCGGUGGUCACCAUCGAGGCGCACGACCGCGACCGGAAGCGGUACACUGUGCGGUUCGUCGCGUCCGGCCGCGGGUUCGAGGAGGGCUCGCAGCUCACCUUGAAGGUGGCCAACGUGAAGCCGCUCUGA